AUGCGUCCCCUCACCGAAGAAGAGACGCAGGCCGUCUUCAAGAAGCUCGCCGAAUACACCGGCGCAUCGCUCAAGAACAUCAUCGCGCCCCAAGAAGAUGGCGAUCGAAACGUCUUUCGCCUGUCGCAGAACCGAGUCUAUCUUGUCCGCCUCUCCAUGGCCAAUCUGGCAACUUCAAUCUCUCGUGACAAUCUCCUUUCGCUAGGAACUUGCUUGGGCAAGUUCACAAAGUCUGGCAAAUUCCGAAUCCACAUCACGGCCCUCCCCAUCCUCGCCGAGCACGCGCGACACAAACUCUGGAUCCGCCCCAACGGAGUCAUGCCAUUCCUCUACGGCGGAAACGUUGUCAAGGCGCACGUCGGUCGUUACUCGGAAGACUGCCCCGAGCACCAGGGCUUGGUCGUCUACACCAUGGACGAUGUUCCUCUGGGAUUUGGAGUCAGCGCUCGCAGCACCGCGGAGAGCAGGAGACUCGACCCCACUGGAGUUGUUUGCUUCAGACAAGCCGACUGCGGCGAGUACCUGCGUGACGAGGAUACCCUGUUCCAGUCUGGCUAG